AGAUCCCUCACAUUUACAAUGAUCCCUGAUCCCCUUCAUCUGCUGAGAGCAACCAGAUUCGCUGAACAGCUGCACCAAUAUGCAGUAAAUGUGCCUUGUGGCGAACCUUUCAGUUCCAGAGGCUCUUUAUUCCUCACACUGCUGACUGUGGAACAGUCUGCCUGAGGAUUCACGAAACUGGAACUUCAGAAGUUCAAGCAAAGAUUCACUUCCCAGUUCGGCCAGUUGUGGUGUUUGCUGUCAGUUGUUUAACAAUGAUUUAAAUCGCCCACAUAACCUGCCCUGCUCCCAUCAUCUUUGCGCUAAGUGUAUUGAUGACCUCAUUGCCCAAGAUGCGAUGGCUUGUCCCAGUUGCCAGAAAAGAUUUGAAGUCAAAUCGGCUGGAGAUUUAAUGGUCAAUAAUGCACUGAUUGACUGCAUCAAUUCAUUUUUAGCAAUGAAAAGAAAACCCAGUAAACUUGGGAGUAAGAAGAAUGCCAGGUACCAGGAAAGAAUUGAUGGUCUGAAAGAGGAGGUCUGCAAGAGUAACGAAGAAGUCAUGGCGGACCUUAAGCACAUGAAGGAAGACGUUGAAAGGCUUAUGAAGGGUGAGGAACAACUUCAGAAGUCUCUUUCAACUCUUAGACGCUACCUCAGUGAAGAUGUUCCUGUUCAUUUUCAAAAGCUAAUAUCUAAGAUCGAUGAGCAUCAUCAGAAGUCCAGCAAUACUUGUCUCAAGUUAAAAGACUCUUUGAAAGAUAUAUUGAAAAAUGAAGGAAAACUUGUAUCUGCAAGGAAGGUACUGGACUCUGCUUCAACUUUGGAAGACACUUCUGCUGUUAUUGAUGCAACGGAGGAUAUCAAUAUGGACGUCAGAGACUGGACAGAUAACUUAAAAGAAUAUGUGGCCAAUGAGGAUAACCAACUCCAGGAAACAAACAAGGAACUGAAGGUGUCUGAAAAAUUUAACAGCAAGCUUAUGAAAUUGCUGAUCAGUGAACCUAAAGAAGAGGCUUUCCAUCUCAUCCCUAUCACAGGAGUUGCUGCAAGCAAGAUGGAUCUUUCAAGUCAAGUAACAGCUAUAGGGCUCUGGGAAAUGAGCAUCCCUGUAAAAAUUCUAGUAGAGGAAGGAAGAGUCUUUGCACUCCAGGAAAAGGAUAACACAAGGAAGUCUGCCAAAAUCACUAUUGAAAAUGGAGAGCUGCUCCUGUAUAGUUUACAAGAUGAAGAUGAACCUGUCCCUAAUGCCUAUUAUGUGCAGUAUGAAGAUGUUCUGGACCUAGCCAUCUCUAAAAGUUCAGUCUUCCUGGACUUGGAGACUAAAGGAUUAUCAGUUGGAAGAGUCUCCAUCCUUCUCUGUGACAAUGCUAGAUCCUUUCGUAUUCAUGAACACUUCACAGGUGGCCGAGGAAAAGGCUAUUCUGGCACACCCUUGCAAAUAACUAACAGAGGGCAGCUUUUGGAACGAGCUGUGUUUGGUUACCAGAUAUCGGAAGUAGUAAGUGGGGAUGUAGCAAAUUAUUCUCUGGACAGCAGCAAAAUCAUCCCAGGCAACAGGGGGAUAGUUUGGGUCUUGAAUAUUUCCAGGACACCGCCACUGAUUGGUAUCCAUAUGGGUCCAUGUACGCUCAACUAUGGUGGACAUGUAGGCAAUGUGGAAGAAGGUAUGGACAUCCUGAGUGAUGCCAUUCACUGGUCAGAGGAUAUAAAGGAGGUUAAGGUUAGCCAAUGUGGUUUGGUAUUACCUACCAAAGGCGCUGUUGCCAGCUAAUUUGGUUUCAAAUAGUUUGAUUGGGAGCCAGUAUAGUAUAUCAAGUUUAUUUUGAAAAUGAAGUUACUGUAUCAUGUUCAGUUAGAAACUGAAGGUAAGUUAUUUCGAUAGCAUAUCAAAAGUUUGUAUUUUAAGACAACAGCAAUUAAGUUAUUUAUAUUGGAA